UUAGAGCUACACCAAAAUUGCAUUGAGCCAAACUUGCCACCAAGAGCCCAACAGUCACCAUGAUGCUGAGCAUGGAAGGCAGGGAAGGGUUCGCGGUGAAGGUCAGGGGCCUACCCUGGUCCUGCUCAGCCGAUGAAAUGAUGCGCUUCUUCUCUGAUCUCAAGAUCCAAAAUGGCACAUCGGGUAUUCGUUUCAUCUACACCAGAGAAGGCAGACCAAGUGGUGAAGCAUUUGCUGAACUUGAAUCUGAAGAGGAAGUGAACUUGGCUUUGAAGAAGGGCAGAGAAACCAUGGGACACAGAUACGUUGAAGUAUUCAAGUCUAACAGUGUUGAAAUGGACUGGGUGUUGAAGCAUACAGGUCCGAAUAGCCCUGAUGCUGCCAACGAUGACUUUGUCCGGCUUAGAGGACUCCCAUUUGGCUGUAGCAAGGAAGAGAUUGUUCCGUUCUUUUCAGGGUUGGAAAUUGUGCCAAAUGGGAUGACACUGCCAGUGGACUUUCAGGGGCGAAGCACAGGGGAAGCCUUUGUGCAGUUUGCUUCACAGGAGAUAGCUGAGAAGGCCUUAAAGAAACACAAGGAAAGAAUAGGGCACAGGUACAUUGAGAUCUUCAAGAGUAGCCGAGCUGAAGUUCGAACCCACUAUGAUCCCCCUCGAAAGCUCAUGGCUAUGCAGCGGCCAGGUCCCUAUGAUAGGCUGGGGGCUAGCAGAGGGUAUAAUAGCAUUGGCAGGGGAGCUGGGUUUGAAAGGAUGAGGCGUGGUGCCUAUGGUGGAGGGUAUGGAGGCUAUGAUGACUAUGGUGGCUAUAAUGAUGGCUAUGGCUUUGGGUCUGAUAGAUUUGGAAGAGACUUCAAUUACUGUUUUUCAGGAAUGUCUGAUCAUAGAUAUGGAGAUGGUGGGUCCAGUUUCCAGAGCACCACAGGGCACUGUGUACACAUGAGGGGGUUACCUUAGAGAGCCACUGAGAAUGAUAUUUAUAAUUUCUUCUCACCUCUUCAUCCCAUGAGAGUACAUAUUGAAAUUGGACCCGAUGGCAGAGUUACCGGUGAGGCAGAUGUUGAAUUUGCUACUUGUGAAGAUGCUGUGGCAGCUAUGGCAAAAGACAAAGCUAAUAUGCAACACAGAUAUGUGGAGCUCUUCUUAAAUUCUACUGCAGGAACAAGUGGGGGUGCUUACGAUCACAGCUAUGUAGAACUUGGUUUGAAUUCUACAGCAGGGGCAAGUGGUGGCGCUUAUGGUAGCCAAAUGAUGGGAGGGAUGGGCUUAUCCAACCAGUCUAGUUAUGGAGGUCCUGCUAGCCAGCAGUUGAGUGGUGGUUAUGGAGGUGGUUAUGGUGGUCAGAGCAGUAUGAGUGGAAAUGACCAAGUUCUGCAGGAAAACUCCAGUGACUAUCAGUUAAACCUUACUUAG